CAAAAUGUCAUUUAUUUUACAAUAAUUAUCAAAUACCAAAAACUAACAACAAAUGUUUAAUUCUCGGGGAAGUUGUAGUACAUCCAGAGCCAGAACAAAUACUUGGUUAAAAUACGUGGUGGGUCUGUGUUUACUUGUUUCAUUGUACAUUAUAAUUUUUUUAAUACACAACGGACAGCAGAUACGAAAUUUAUCAGAGGAAGUUGCUGUUUUAAAACACGAAAUAAACAAUAUCUUUGACGAAAAUCGAAUUUAUGCCAUCGAGAAUACCUUGAACAGCGUUAAAAGACAACAAGAGUAUUUAGAAAGAAACAUAAAAUCUUUUAUAACUGAAGAAUUAGAAACUUUUAGUGCCGAUAAAACUGGACAGGUGGAUUAUGCCUUAGAAGCUUCGGGUGGAAAAAUAGUCAAGUUGUCUCCUGAUACACACAACUUCAAUCUAGCAACAACGGUAUUUGGCAUAACCCUUUGCGAAGGAUCUCAUGGUCCUCGAGCGAUGUUGCAAGCGGAUAUGUCGCCUGGACACUGUUGGGCGAUAAAAGGAUCUUACGGAGGUGCUGUGGUUAAGCUGAUAGGAAAAGUACAUAUAACUGCAUUUACCGUUGAACACAUUUCUAGACAUAUGUCUCCUACUAACGAAGUAACGUCCGCUCCUAGGGAUUUUGAGGUCUGGGGUCUCAAAGAUGAUCUGGAGAGAGAGGAGUAUCUUGGUCGAUUUAGUUAUGAGUUAAAUGGACAAUUAUUUCAAACUUUUCCUGUAGACAGCUCCAAUAAUUAUGAAUAUGUGGAGUUUAUUAUAUUGACCAAUCACUACCAUCCAGUUUUUACUUGUAUAUACAGAUUUAGGGUGCAUGGUAUUCUGAAGGUAUAGACUCGAAAAAUUAAG